UCCCCCCUCCCAUCCAUCACUUCGCGCGAAUCCCGGGGGUGCGAGAGAUCAUGGCUUGCUUCAUUCGUGGCGGGACCACGUGCCACUCCGAUGACACAAUGGACGACGAUACAGACAACAAAGACGACACGAAGCGGAAGUCGCGGAAUCUGAGCGAGAAGAAACGAAGGGAUCAGUUCAACAUGCUGGUGAACGAGCUGGGGGGCAUGAUCAGUACAAAUGCGACGAAAAUGGACAAAUCCACGGUGCUAAAGUCGACGAUAUCCUUUCUCAAGAAUCACAACGAAAUCGCGCGGAGGUCAAGGGUCCACGAAAUUCAGGAGGACUGGAAGCCGUCGUUUCUUUCAAACGAAGAAUUCACGCAUCUGAUUCUAGGGGCGUUGGACGGUUUCAUAAUUGUACUAUCUUCAAACGGACGCAUAAGCUACGCAUCUCAGAAUGUGACGUCGCUGCUUGGUCACCUUCCAACCGACCUGGCCAACACCUCGAUUUACGACAUUGUCUACCAGGAUGACCACGCCCUUCUCUACAACGUCCUCACGAAUCAAACCGAAGUCCAGGACCAUCGCGAGUGGAGCGAAGAUAAUCAAGUAUCAUUCACGUGUCACGUAAAAAUCGAAGGACUCGACUUUCGGGAAGAACCUGUCUAUGAGGUUGUGCAAUUUGCCGGAUACUUCCGUUCGAACGUGAACGUCGACUUUGAGAUCACAACGAUGGACAACUUCAUCCCGACCGGUCAUCUGGACGGAGUUUUACGCAAUGACACAAAGUUUGUGCUUCUCGAUUACGCAUGUUUCAUAUCACAGCGAGAAUUGCUAAUUUUCGUGGGUACCGGGCAUCUUCAAACUCCCCGAUUGAUUCGCGAAAUGUACAUCGCCGAUGGUGCAAAAUCUGAAUUUACAUCGAGGCACAGUUUGGAGUGGAAAUUCCUUUUCCUUGAUCAUCGGGCUCCACCCAUCAUCGGCUACUUGCCAAUUGAGGUCCUCGGCACCUCGGGGUACGAUUACUACCACGUGGACGAUCUGGACAAGGUUGUCGAGUCCCACGAGGCUUUAAUGCAGAAGGGUGAAGGUACGACGUGUUACUAUCGUUUUCUCACCAAAGGACAGCAAUGGAUCUGGCUUCAGACGAGGAACUACAUCAGUUACAAUCAAUGGAAUUCGAAACCGGAAUUCAUCGUUUGCACUCACAGCGUCGUCAACUACAUCGACGUGAUAAAAAAGUCGAGGAGAAGUUUUGGAAAUUUCAACAAGUCCUGCAGCCAAGAUAUCGACGUACCCGAAUCGCCGACGAAUCACCAACAACCUCGUAUGGCGGCAUCGUCCCAAAGUGGUCUCGCCCCCUCACCGUGGUCCUCGAGAUCCUUGAAGACGUCUCGAUCAGUCGUGGCAACGCCCCAGGCUCAGUGUCAGGGCGGCCCGGGAUCGGACACGACGUCGAUGUCGGACGGAUCGCCGAACUCGAGACACUCGCAUCAGGGCCCGCAGAGCUUAAUGCCCAAAACCGAUUCCCAGUCGACGGUGACGACGCCGACGACGGUCCGGAGAGGGAAUCCGGCCGCACAGCCAGGCGAAAUGAACCCCGCGUGCCUUGAAUUCGUCGACCCGCAUCAGGGCGUAACGGCGAUUCCCGUUCAGCCGAUCAUUACCGGAAGUCCUACAGUCCCGACACCUCCUGCUGGAAUUUCGAUGCUGCAAAUCCCGGAGAUCUUGAACCAGCAUCAGAAUAUAGUGAUGACAUCGACACAGAAGCAAAUGCAGGAUGAGCUGCACAGAAAGCACGAGGAGCUUGAACAACUGAUUGUUCACCAACAGGAAGUACUCACGAGGGCUUACGAGCAGCUUUUGUUCUCCAGAUACGGGAUCAAUUCCUCCUCGAUAAACGUCGGCAUGCCGUGUCCAACUUCCUCGUGUCCUCAGACAACUCGAUGCGUCAGCGCCACUACCGCCGUAGAACAGCGUCCAAUGUCUGCACCGGGGGUUCAAGGCGUCAGCGUAUUUCCGGUAUCGAUACCGUUGUCUGUCCCCGUUGUUCCAUCGGAACUUUUCGUCCAUCCACUUGUCGUAAGUCAGGUACCUGUAGCAGCGCAAGUUGCUCCCUCUCAAUUCGGCGCGACGAGGGUCACGUCCGUUCACCAAACUGGCAGUCUUUCAAACACGACUCAUCACUACCAACAUCAGCAGCAUCAACAUCAGCAGCAACAGCAACAGCAACAGUCCAACGACCAAUCUUCUGCACCAGCACCAUCCGAGGAAAGCACAUCCACGGUUUCUGAGCUUAUACCCUUCCAGGUUGGCCAGCGUUCGGGAAUGCUCUUUUCCCACAUCGGAUCACCCGGGAGCAAUCAGUAAGUUAGUCAUAUUAAUCAGCGAUCAAUCAGUGAUCAGCGGCUACCUUAAGACUGUAUCCUGUGGAUGGAUUCCGCUUACCAAAAAUCGAUGCAGUGUUACCACUGUGUAAUGGAAAUUUGAUUCGAGAGGUUGCU